AUGAAAAAUUAACUUCGAUAAAUCUUUUUGAAUGAAAAUGAGAGCUAUAAAAAAGAAACUUAAUCAUUUGAAGAUGAUAUUGAUAUUCAAUUAGAAAUUAGGAGAAUCUAUAAAAUAGAACAAAAUAACUCCAUUAAAUAUUAAUAUAUUCAUUAUUUUAAUAAUUGUGGUGAAUAAGAAUAUCAAAAUAUUAAAUAAAAAGGGAUCAUAAUUAACCUUACUUAAUUUUAUAAUCACGCGGUUAUAACUUCAGAUUUUUAAAUUUUCAAAUAUAGUUAAUAGAAUUACAAUAAUUUAGAAGAAAAAAUAAUAUAUAAAAAUAACCAAUUAAGAUAAAAAGGCUAAAAUUCUCAACUUUACAUUCAAGGUGAUAAGGUGUUUAUAUAAUUCAAAUAAAUAUUGUGGCAACUAUCCAAAAAAUUAGAGGCAUAGACAUAUUUAGAAAAAUUAGAUAGAGAAUUCCAUAAUUUUAAAAAAUAAGUUUAAGAUUUCAAUUUAGAAGAUUAUUAAACAUAACUAUCAAGAACAAAAAAUCCUAAAUUUUGGAUAAAAAAUAUUAUAUAAAGGCCUAAUUUUUAGAAUUCUAUGAUUAUAAUUUAGAAGAACUCUACUAUUAGUAAAUUUUUCGUAUUCAUUCAUCAAAUAGAGGAUUAAGAUAAUAAAAUUACAUACUUUUGUCAUAAUGAAAAUAAUUUAUACAGAACUAAAUAUGCUGAGAGAUUUAAACUUUAAUUAGAUUAAAAACAAAUAUUUUCUUUAAAUCAACUUUAAUAAUAAAUGAAUGGAUUUAUUUAAGCUUUAUCUGAGAAAAAAUAAAAGAUUUUUAAAAAAACGUUUAUAGGAAUGGGAUUUGAUUUAGCAAAUCAAUUUUGCUAUUUAUUUGCUAAAAUAGAAAAAGAAUAACCUUUAAAAGAAAGGAUUUAAACUUAAGAUUUUGCAUAAUUGUCUUUAAAAAAUCAAAAAAAAAUGGUAGAUAGUUUAAGUUUGAUAAAUUUUUUUCGAUAACAAUUUUUUUUGAAAGAAGAUUAUUUUAAUGAAGAAGUAUAUCAGUUUGAUUCAAAAGGAAAAUUAAAGAUUAAUAUUUCUAAAUCCUUUUUAUUAAUUAAAUCUAAUGGAAAAGCAUAAAAUGAUAAUCCUCAAUAGAAAACAAAAAAUGAUAAUCCUCAAUAGAAAACCGAUCAAUUAAUAUAGGUAAUUGAAUAUAUUAUUUAAAUUAAUUUAAUCAAAAAUUUAGAUGAAGAAGAAUAGGAAAACUUGCUUAAACUUAAGGAACUAGUUGAGUACUAUAGAUAAGAAACUUUAUCAAUUUAAUAAUUAAUAUCUGUGUUGGAUGAAAUUCAGUUUAAAUCAAAGAAAAGCAAAAGAUGAACUAGGAUUAGAUAAUGAUAUACAAGAU